CAAAAUUUAAAAUAGCAUCUUCUUAUCCGCCAUUCGCUUUCCGCUUUCACUCGCUCCGAUUGUCAUUUGUCAGCAGCGUUGUGAUUGUUCGUGUGUCGCGGUUUCCAGCGUAAACACUCAAAAUAAUCAUGAAAUUAGUCAGAUUUUUAAUGAAAUUGAGUCACGAGACGGUGACGAUAGAGCUGAAGAAUGGGACACAGGUGCACGGCACAAUCACGGGCGUCGAUGUGGCCAUGAACACGCACCUGAAGGCGGUCAAGAUGACCAUGAAGAACAGAGACCCCGUGCAGUUGGAAACGCUGAGCAUCCGCGGCAACAACAUCAGGUACUACAUUCUACCGGAUUCUCUACCCCUCGAGACGCUGCUGAUUGAUGACACACCAAAAGCUAAAGCCAAGAAGAAGGAUGCUGCCAGAGGUGCAAGCAGAGGCCGUGGCCGUGGAAGAGGUGGUCGUGGUAGAGGCAGAGGAAGAGGCAGAGGCCGCCGCUAAACUGAACUUUAAGUGUAUUUUAUUGUGUCUCGAUUUUGAAGACUUCAAAAGGUUUUUGCAACUUUAAGUGGUUCACUAUUUUGUUUCAACAAUAUCCAUCUGCAAGGAAGAUGUUUGCAAAAUAAAUGUAAUGUUAAGGCCAUUAUAAUAUAGUAAUAGAAAACAAA